AUGGCCAGCCUGGUGACGGAAGCAACCGAAGUGGACACCAACACCACAGAUAUUUAUGACACUUUAUUUGACGUGAGCGCGUGCUCCACUAAUGUCCCAAGCUAUAUAUAUGCCUUUAUUGGUCUGGCAUGUCUUGCUUUUAUCAGCGUUGCCGUACUGGUCACUUCCAACUUUUUACAACGGAAAAAGCUUGGUAAAAACUACGUUGACAUUAUUUCUGGUUUUGCAGUAAUUCAACUCUGUUACUGCAUCGUGAACACACUAGUUAUCUUCCUUCACCAACUUGGUCACUGUGGCUGGAUACAGCAAACCAGCGGCGCGUGCAAGUUUAUGUGGUGGUGGAAGCACGCGUCGUUCGUUUCCGGGAACUACAUCCUAGUUUUAAUCUGCACGUGCUCAAAACUACUGUUUGUGGCGGGAAAGACUGAUACGCGUAGAUCGCUACCAAUAGUGAUAGGUUUCUGGGUGAUCGUUCUCGUGUCGUCACUGUUUGUCAUCCCGUAUCUGAUAUUCACAGAAGUGGUGAGCGGAAGUGCACGUAUGGACUCGAAGAUCAUCAAAAUUAGCUAUUGUCACAUCGGAGCUGGACACACCCGCCAUCUUGAGAUAAUUGAAUUCUGUUUCGGAACUGUCAUACCCGCCCUAUGUGCCUUUCUUAGUUUGAUCCCACACUUCCUUGGUGCGUGGACGAGGUUCGACAAAGGAAUUAUGUGCUAUUUCCGCCGCAACACAGAAGACAAACAUGAUGGCGACGGAGAGGUCGAUGUAAUGAAACGCCUGGACAGGUACUUCUUCAAAUGUCUUACUGCGGCCGUGUGCAUGCACGUGUUUCUUUUGGUCCCACAACGUCUGUUCGAGUUUGUAACACUUCUGAGCACGAUGCCGUCAACUCUACCGACGGUCGGUGUUAAAAACACGUCCGCGAUGAACCCUGAGGUAUGGAACACUUUCAUAGCGAUGUUUACAAUGUUUCCCCUAAUCUACAGCAUCUUUACUUUCCCAAUAUACCACGCGCUUGCCGGAAAUCCUUUCAGGUGUUUGGCUUGCCUCGGUAUGGAGAAACCCACUACUCGGCACCUACAGAGACGCAAGCCUGUACGACAUGUAGCCGUCUCUGAAACGGCUAAUGCCUACUUCCAGAGCGUCACAUCAGAUGAGUUCGCAUCCAACUUCUAG